CGGCUCGGCCCGGGGUAUUGGGGAGGGGAGGGGGCGCGGGCCGAUGAUAAAAGUGGACCUCCGCGGCCGGCCAGGCAGCAGUGGUCAUUGUCAAGGCGAAUCGCUAUCACCAUGAAGGUCCUCGUCCUGUCGGCAGCGGUGCUCCUGGUGGCACAGCAGGUGUGCAGCGCGCCGCCGCCCUUCGUGCACAGGUGCAUGCAGGAGAACGGAGUCACAGGAGCGGAUGCGAUUAAGUUUGCUGAGACUGGGGAGGCGAGCGACGGGAUGAAGUGCAAUUUCAAGUGCAUCAUGAUGGAAGCUGGUGUCAUGACCCCAGAAGGCAAGCUUAUUCUGAGCCCGAUGCUGGAGCAUGUCCCGGAGAAGAUUCACCAGGCUUUCAAGGACUGCGUCGAAAUAGAGCCCAGUUCCGACCUGUGCGAUGUGGCUUUCCGACACAACGUGUGCCUCAGGGAAAAGGCCACAGAUUUCUACAAGGCGAUGGUGGCGAAGAAGCAUCAGGCAUAAGCGACAGGUGUGAUUGGGGCCCCUUCCUCCCACGACUCUGUUUUAUACCCCCGCCCCUUCUUCCUUCUAUCUCUCUCGACAAAGUUGUCUGCCUUUCCUAUCUAUCAACAGAAAACGCAUUUCCUGUCUGCGAAUUCGACAGCGCAAAUAAAGCAUUUCACCUAAUGCA